UCUUACUUCUGGCCAUGGCAAUUCUUCUGAGCUGCCUGUUAGGACUGGACUUUGCAGGCAUUGCUUUGCAAUAGUUCCCGUUGUUUCUGUUGGGACAUGAGUGCUAUCGUGAUAAGACUUUUUGAGUUUUGAAAUGGAGUGCCAUCACUGGACUAAUAUCAUCCAGCUCUAUUGCCCCUACAUCUGACUCCAAGGAGGCAAUAAACGUUGUUGAAAUUGCCUAAUCUUAAUAAGGGAAUCAAUGAGGGCAAACCAGCUGAAAUUAAAUCCAGAAGAGAUAGACUCAAGUGAAAUCUAUUUUUAAUGGGAUAAUAGUCCCGCCAAAAUAGCAAGUUAGUAGUCUGGGAGUACUCUCUGAGCUCCAGUUGCCACUGGAUUUGCUAGUGGUGGUUGUAAUGCACAUUAGCAUAACUAUGGAUGUAUAUCAUCUGCAGCCCUUUCUCAGCAAGGCCUGGCAACAAUUAUCUAUACCUUGGUUACAUUCCUUGUAUUGUUUACUGCAAUGUGCUUUAUGUGGGGUUCUCCUUGAAGUCUCUAGAAAUUGCAAUUACAGGGAUUGCACCAUGGCUGAAGUAAAAUAUCUGCCUUUAUUGCUUAAAUAAGCAUAGUAGCAAGAUAUACAAUGUAUGAUGUAUGAAUUUUAUUUUGAUUAGUUUUAUGAGACUUAUAGAUGACCUUUCUUCCAAAAUUCAGAGCAGAAUAGAUAGCACUCCCUGAUUCAAACUUAUCCACAAUUCCCUUAAGCAGUUUGUGUGAUUGUCCCAAGUUGCACAUUGAAUUUCUGUGGCUUGGGCUAGAUUUGAACCUAGGUGUUCCAGAUCCUAAUCCAACAUGUCAUAAUUGUAUUACCUGUAAAGUAGAAUACUUUUCAAUAUAACUUACCUCUCUGUUGAAAACCAAUGGGGACAUAAACCCAAAGGCAUGUAUAUUAAGAUUAUGGUAGCCUCCAAAAGUUGUUGGAUGUAUAAUCUCUCUGAAAUUAUCAUCCAAUAACUUUGAAGUCUGUGCAAACCAGUGAACUUUCCAAUUCAUUUGUAAAAAUAUGGAGACCUGUGAUCCCAUUAUCUCAUGUGCAAAAAUCAUGUACGCAUAAUGGCUUCUAAAGUAUUUUAGAUUUAGAAUUCAUGAGAAUAGAUGUUGUAAGAGGAUGAAGUACACAAAAUAUCAAAUAAAUUAGUGUGCAAGCUUUCAAAUUUAUAGUCUUUACACCAAAUAGGAUAGAGAGAACAUCCUGAAGGUCAGUUCUAGGACCAAGGAGGCACAACCUCUCUGUUGCAGUGAAAGUCCUAUGGAACAACUUGUUCCAGGAUUCAGAGAGCCCUGACCCUCUUGGCUUUCUACAACGCUGUUAAGAUCUAAUAUUUUCCCCCGGUAUCAUGGCUGGUAUGUUAAGAGACUCCAAUAUAUGUGUGUUUAUUUUGUGAAUUUCUUAUAUGCUGCUUUGGUUUUCUUUUGUACUGAUCAGAAAAACUGAAAAAUACCAAAUUUGAAAAAAGUAGGUUCACAUGGAAUUCCGCAGAGAGAAUCUCAGAAAUAAUCAGAUGCAGAAUAAGAGCAAACAUAAUUUUACCUCUUUCUCUUUUCUCAGAUUUUGCCAGACAUCCAAAAGGUCACAUUUGAGGCCCGCUCUAAUUUGAGGACAUAUCUAUGAAUUCCUGAAUUUAUUUUAUUUUAUUUAUUUAUUUAUUUAUUUAUCCCUUCUCUUCUUUCCCACUCUCCAAACCAAUUUUUCCAAGCAAGUACAAGCAAAGCAUGUCUUUUGUUUUUGGAAUGUUAUGCCUCUCACUGCUCUGAGAUCCAGAACUGGAACACUGUAUCACAAAAAAAUUGCCUGGAGAAAGAGAACUUCUAUUCUACUUAAAUGAGAAAAAAAAUCAGCCUGAAUGGUCUUGCAGUGCACCAUUAAAGUCUAUGUACUAAAUUCUAAUUAUUUGGUCAUUGUUAGUUUAAAAGAUAGAUAGAUAGAUAGAUAGAUAGAUAGAUAGAUAGAUAGAUAGAUAGAUAGAUAGAUAGAUAGAUAGAUAGAAAGAAAGAAAGAAAGAAAUCCUACUCGCCUUAUUUAAUUAAUACAGUUGAAUUUAAUUGCAUAAUUUUUCUGAUACUGAUGUUUUGUUCUGACCUUACUAUAGUAUAUAUAUUUCAAAAUUCAAAUUUAGUCACUAAGGUGAGAUGGGUUCCAUAGAAAUGUAAUAAAUAAAUAAAUAAAUUCACUGGGAAAAAGAGAGAGAGGAAAAAAGAAAGGUGCCCUCUUGAUAUGUACUUUUAUUUGGCCAGCCACAGAUUUAAAGCAAUUAAAUCUCUAUAUACAAUUUAACAGCUACAGUUAUAACACAGACUCCAGAAACUAGGGAAUGGUAAGAAAUAAUUUAUAUUGCUACUCAGUAUGGCAUUCAUACAUGAGACCUGCUUGCUCAGUCAAACCCAUAGACUAAAUUGGCACAAUGUGCUAGCUUAAAACUGUGACUGGCCAAAUUUGUAGGUUAGUUACCGUGUUCCCUUAAUCACAUAUUCUGCAGGCACAACCACAGAAUUGGUGUGAGGAUUAAAGUAAGGAAAGCCACAUAUGCCCCCUUGAGCUGCUUGUAGGAACGGCAGAAAACACCAAUGUAAUAAAGAAACAAGCCACAAAUUUCCUCUUAAACUUCUUCUAACACUCCAUCUAAUGAGGCUGACAGGAUUUUCCAGGCUUAGAAAUAAAGAGUGCUUCUUCCCACAACUUGGAGCACUUAAUUCACCCUGCAGAAUUCUCUACCACAACUUGUGGUAGCAUUUCUUGUUGGCGGGCAGCUAUUUAAAAAAAAAAGCAUUAGACAAAUUCAUCACGAAUUGGUCCACUCUCCACAGCUCUUAAGUGUGUUUCAAUAGUGGGAAACCAAGAAGGGAUAGGUCUUCUUGACCUGGCACACUCCCAUCCCACAAACGUAGGAGAACGGGCGAAUCGGGGUCCAGCAGUGCUCCUCGUUCUGUGAGAACCUGGCGGCAGGACUUUUGUCCUGGGCUGAGGGAGCAACCCAGGGGGAGCCUGGCUGAAGCUUUCUCUGGUGACAGGGAGGGAAUUCCGGACAGCCUCAUCCCUUCAACCGGAAGGCGGGACUGGCACCGCUUCUCCUUCUCACUCGGGAAGAUGAGACAAUCGCCGUCGCCCGUCCUCAUUCCCGCCCUUUUCCACCCCGUCCGCCCUUUCCCAUCCAGCGCCGUCCAGUCACGAAACUUGCUGGCAAGUCGUGCUCAGUUGGCAGCCGCCGAUGCCCCGAAGAUGCCACCCCGAGGCGGGAAGCUUGGAGGAGGUUGGACGUCCGAAACAAACGUGGUUUGCUUGUGUGUGUGCGCGAGAGAGAAUGAGGAGAAUGGGUAGGAGGGUGGAGUGUGUGCGCGCGUGCGGGAAAUGAUCAGCGCAGGCUUUCUAAUUAAAGAAACUUGGCGGGUGCCCCCCCCCCUCCUUCCCUCCGUUCCACCCCCACCACCCCCACUUCGCCCGAGCCGGGACAGCUCCUUCUACGUCUGCGGGGGGCGGGGGGGGAGCAGCAUAAGAGGAGAGCGCGCGGCGGCAAAGCAGGGGAGUCCGAGGGAACUUCGGUGGCGGCAGCAACAGGGGAAGAGCGGCGGCGCUCGCGUGGUAACCAAGUGGGACGCGGAGCCGGCCGUCCACCCACUCGCAAAUCAAGACAAGCUGACUCGGCGGCGGCGGCGGCCACCUCGUGAACUCCUUGUGAACCUAUAUAAAGCGCGGCCAUGGAGUAGAAGGUGAAGGAGAAGAAGCCGGCGGGCGCGUCAGGGAGAAGACGGGAAAAGCCGAGGAGGGCGGUGAAAGGCUCUUCUUUCGCUGCUGGAGGAGGCUCAGCUCAGCUCAGCUCAGCGGACCGUCUAAGUCAGGGGACUGAAGCCGGCGGAGACAGGGAGUAAGUGGGAAACACAUUCUCUUUUCCUGGAUUGUCCUCAAAAGUGCAAUGUGCAAACUUCUAAGGUCUUCAGUGCUGAUUGGGCUGAUGGCAUUGAUACUUUCUGCAGGACAUUGUAAAGAAAAAUCAGAAUCUAGUGUGGGGUUGAAGGAAAGACAAAACCUCUUAAAUCUGAUAAUGGAGAUCAUUCAAGAACUGAAAAAAUACCAUCUAGAAGAGGAUGAAGAAAAUGGAGUGCAGUACAAGCAAAAUUACCCACCUCUUGAUCAGAGAGAAAUGCCUGACUAUGGAACUUAUUCAGAGGAACAGAAAGUUGGUGCAGUCUUAUAUGCAUGGAGCAAAAAUGUUCCUGAAAUAUUUCCUAGAGACCUAAGAAUGAAAGACAAAUUUUUAAACCAUUUAACAGGUCACCUUUACUUUGGCCCAAAAUGCACUAAACACUUUCAUAGACUUUAUCACCAUACAAGAGAUUGUACCAUACCUGCAUAUUAUAAAAGAUGCGCCAGGCUCCUUACUCGGUUGGCAGUAAGUCCAAUGUGCACAGAAGGAUAAGAUGCUACUAUUAUCAAAGGAAAAAUAUAUAAAAGAACCAAGAGAAGUGCCUUGGAAACUGACAGGGAAAUUGAACUUAGCAUUUUUGUAAUAUAUGGCAUUAUGAACCAGAGAUUUAUUUUUGGAAAUUGAUGGACUACUUCUCAUAAAACUUUAAAAAUGUGUUUUGUAUCCCAUCAUCACUGUUUACAGAUGCAUUCUUUUUAGUGAAAAACUACCAAAAGGUUAAUUACUUGUUCAUGUUUUAUGCUUUAAAGUUGCUCUACAACAGUUGUGUUGUACUGCCAAAAAAGUAGCAAGUACCAUCUUUUCAAGUAUAGACAUGUUUCCUGUCAAGAGACAUUACAACACAGUCAAGGAAACCUGCCUGUGGAGGAAGCAUUAUUUGAUAUCUUUCUUGCUUAUGCAACUGAAAAUGUUACUAUACAAACUUUUUAUAAAGCUGUUACAGUGGUGGACUACUAGACUGCAUGCCAUAGGCAAGGGAUGAACCUGUUUUAGGUUGGACUCUGUAUCCACUCUGAAGUCACUUCUUUCCUGUACAAUAGAAAUAUACAUUCCAGCUAAAUGUGCAAUAUGUACAUAUUGUAAAUUCACAAAUAUAUGUAAUAAAAUGUUUUGUAUAUAAUCUGGUUCUUUGUGUUUAUUCCUUGCAUGUUCAAGUUUGGAAGAAAUUAUGCUUGUGAAGCAGAGGUAUGCAACCUGAGGCCUUCCACAUAUGUUGGACUACUAUUCCCAUAAUACUUAUCUAGUGUAUAUUCUGGAUGGAUUUUUAAGCUUACAACUGAAUAAAUCUUAGGGGUACUAACUGAUCUCAAUACUACCAUUCUAGCAAUACUUCUCAAUACUUGAGGGUUGGCAAUGAGGACUAUGCAUUUAAAUAGUUCUACUAAGAAUUAAUUUUAAUGUAACUUGACACUGCAAAGUGAUGGCAGUCAAUUACAACAGGUAUAACUGAGGGCAUAUUUCAAACACUAAACUUGCCAAAUAGCUUUUUCAGAGUGAAAUGCUAUUGCCUACUCAAUCAUACUUUCGUCCUUCUCAUCCUACCAGUUAAUAAGACCAGUUAACUGUAAAUUUGCUUCACCUACUUCCAUUCCAAAAUAAAUAACACCACUUUCAAGCUACACAGAAACUUGGAAUUGGAAGAACCUGCUCAGUUCACAUGACACAAUUUUAGAUAUGUGAACUGAGCAAGAGUUUGGAAUCAGUGGUCAAAAUACUGUCUUCCAAUUCCAAGCUUCUGUGUAGCUUGAAAGCGGUGUUAUCUAUUUUGGAAUGGAAGUCAUAAUUUUAUUUGUAUGCGCUCAAGAUUCUAAUAAAAAUGUAAUUAACAAGAUCUCUCUCCAAUUUGAUGAGAUAUCACUAUUUGAGAAUUCGUUUAAACCCACCAUGGGUCCACUGUGGAGUCAAUUAAUAGGUAUUACCAUCCAUAAUGGUUCUUGGUCAAAUGCUUUACUGAACUCAAGAUAUGUUAUUCCCAUAGCAUCCUUGAAAACUACAUGAUUUAAAAAAAGAAUUUAACAGUCUUAUUUUGGAGAGGACUACAUCAGAUUAAAAACAUAGCUUCUAUAUAUUUUUCACACCGGGA